CAUGCCGGGAUGAUAUUCCCAUACCUCCCAAAUCGAGUCAUCAGGCAGUUUGGCCGGAUCCAGUAUGUGCCAGAUCCCCCACCAUCGUCAGUUACGUGCCGGGAGUGUGAUCGUAGAUUUGCGCACUGGAAUGAUCACAUUUGCCAUCUGUCGGAAGAAGCUGCUUUCCCUUUUCAGACCACUGGCGAAUACACUCCUUGGUAUAUCAAGGUCUCACACCCUUACAUGGUCCCAGAUGAGUACAAAGGCGACCGCUUCGCAUUUCUAGAGAACCAGUUUGCGGAGCUUGCGUUGUACUCUGGCAUUGCGGUUGAUCCGACGACAGAUGGAUCGCCCCCGCCGGGUUCACCGAUGUGGGAUGUGGUGCACAAUAUGCAUACCAUCAUCGAGGGAGCAGUGCACGGGAGGGGAAGAAAGAUUAGGGGACGGGACUCGGGAGCUGGGCCUUCAAAUUCUGGGCGUUAGAUUUAGGGACCUUUGUACUUUUAUUUUGUUGGAUAAUGAUGUUGUUUAAUGUUGUUUAAUUUCGGGUCUUUUGUUAUGUGUUUUGUUGGAUAAAGCAUCUAUGUGUGUUUGUUGGAUAAUUUCGGAUCUUCUGUUAUGUUUAGUUGGAUAGUGCAACUAUGUGUUUGUUGGAUAAUUUC